GUGGGUACUGCGCAGACUCAGUAGCGUCCAGAGCCGCCAUCUUGCACCAGUAGGACCUGAGCUACUUUCUCCGUCCCGACAAAAUCUCCCAAAACUAUGCGUUUUUCUACCCACUGAGAACUUUUUCUGCCGCGCCAGAGGGCAUGCAUGAGAGAUAACAUGUCGUGCUUUCAGCAGCUGAGGCAAGAGUUACGGCAGUUGGAGGCUUUAUUUCCGAAGGACCAUGAAAGGUUCCGAGUCGAGUCGGCCUCCCUGGACGAAGUGACGUGCAUCUUUGUCAGCCCGAAUGACGAUACCUUCGUCAUUCAUUGUAAUAUUAACGAGAACUACCCGCAUUCCUCCCCCAUGUGGUUCUCAGAGUCAGAGGACCCGGUCGUGUCGGCCGCCAUAGAAAACCUGUCCAACGUGUCGGGAGCAGCCAACCUGCUGAUCCGGCUGAUGAAACAGCUGGCCACCUCCCUGUGUAACAUGUACAACGUGCCGGUACAUCCAGACAUCCUAAAACUGGACACACCCACAGAACAACAGAAUGGUGAGGAGUCAUCAGAAAGCGAGGAUGACGGGAUGGACAGUGACCUGAAUGAGGAUGUUGAUGAGGAGGAUCAUUUUGAGAUGGACGAGGUCACGUCCGAGAAAGACAAGAAGAAAGAAGAAGACGAAGACAUUGAGACAGAAAACCUGAUUGUGCUGGAGAGACUGAAAAUGAACCAGCGCAGGGACUACCUAAAGCAGGGGGCGGUGUCAGGGUCGGUCCAGGCCACAGACAGGCUCAUGAAGGAACUCAAAAAUGUCUUCAGGUCGGACAGCUUGAAAAGAGGAAUCUAUUCCGUUGAGCUGGUAAACGACAACCUGUACGACUGGAAUAUCAAGCUGCAAGGGGUGGACCCAGAUAGUGCCCUGUAUGCAGACCUAAUGGUACUCAAACAGAAGGAGGGAAGAGAUUUUAUCCUCCUGAACAUGACAUUCAAGGAGAACUUUCCGUUUGAUCCGCCUUUUGUCAGGAUUAUUGCUCCCAUUAUAAAUGGAGGGUAUGUCCUUGGAGGUGGUGCCAUCUGCAUGGAACUGCUGACUAAACAGGGCUGGAGUAGUGCAUACACAAUAGAAGCAGUCAUCAUGCAGAUUUCAGCCACACUCGUCAAGGGAAAAGCUAGGAUAAAUUUUAAUGCCAACAAGACACCAGCCGUACGUAAUCCACACAACCAGUAUAGCCUUGCCCGGGCCCAGCAAUCUUUCAAGUCACUAGUGCAGAUACAUGAAAAGAAUGGUUGGUUCACACCCCGCAAGGAGGAUGGUUAGUCCCACUAUGCAAGGUGCCGCCCCGUGUACAGAGCUCUCUGUCUCUCCCUUUCUCUUGCGCCUUCUCCACUCUCAACAACUGCAGCCGAUGGUACUCCGGAGCAGAGCCUUGUCUUCUUCUGCAACUCCAGCUACUCCAACUACCAGUACUCCGGAGGAGAGCACUCUCCACUCCCUACACCUCCAGCCACUACUCCUGGUACUCUAGAGAAGGAUAUUCCAGGGAUUUUCUGCAGGAAGACUCCAUCAACUCCUUAAGACUGUUUAUGGACUCCUUACAGCAGUGGAGAACUUCCAAACCCGGUGUCAUUCACUACCUGUGUAAGGAAUCAUCGUACGACUUUUUAGGGCAAGCUAGAGAUAGAUGUUGGCUGUUUUUUAUGGAAGGUAUAGUUUGGAUAUGAUGGCGUUUUGGUCAAGGUUUGUCUGAUGGAAGCACAAGGGUGUUGCUUACAUUCCUAUGUCAAGUGCAGUGACUCUUCAAUGGUCAGUAACUCUGUCUAACUGGGAUAGACUUCUGCUGGGGAAAGCUUUGGGGUUUUUUUCCUGUUAUUUUGUGCUAUAAUGUCUGACGUGCAUACUCCAUUACCACUGUCAUUGCUGAACUCUCCAGGAAGUCCAGGUACGGUGCUGUAAUUUACAAUGUUUGCAACAGCAAAUUGAGCAGGGCAGGGCAAAGACUUCUUCUUGCUGAGGUAUGUACUAACGGUCUAUGGCUGCAGGAAUUGGUUCACUGUCCACUGUGUGCCAAUGCUUUUCUUAGUAUUUCUGAAUCAAAGUCAAGUGUAAUUUACAGCACAAAAGAUUGGACGUACCCAAAUUUUUUUGCUGUCCAAUACCAGUCUGUCAAUAAAGGAAUGACAAAUCCACCGCUUCAAUGACAUCACGUUGUGCAGCUGGAACACGUGUCUGUGUGAGCAGUGGAUCAUACGUGUAGACUAGACAUAGACUUUCUGUAACUUAUGAUCCACUGCUCACCAAGUCACGUGUUCUAUCUGCAUAACAUGAUGUCAAAGAAGCAGCUGAUUCGUAAUUGCUUGAAAAGAUGGUUGGACAGUCGAAAAUAAAAGGGUAAGUCCAUUAUUUUUCAUGUCGGAAAUUACAGUUCAACUUUAUCUGGAGCGACUUCCACCAAGAGCACAGACAAAAUUUCAAGCUCGCCUUUUCUGAUUAUGUGGCACUGAAUACUGCACAUAUAUCACAACACAAACAACAGACACAGGAUGCUCAAAAAUAUUUAAGAUUCAGGAAGUCAAGAGAAAUUUGAGAAUGCUUGUUGAAACUUCUUUAAGCUUUAACCACAAGAGUCAAGGCCUUUGGAAGUACCAGAUUUCAGUCUCACAUUGAGAUACGGUGGAGAAGUUUUGAGACGUUCCCCCUGAGCAGAACUAUAGUGGUUUCUACGUGUCCUUAGUUAGAACACACGUCCCGUCUUAUUGGUGUCAUUUCCACAGCGUUGAGUGCCUUUGUGAAUUCAGUUGUUAAGGAGGGACCGUAUCUCACUGGGCUGUGGUAUCUUGGUGGUGUCUCUGUGUUCCAGAUCGAAUUUGUGUUGCCCUUCACUUAAUCAUGGGAGUAUCAUGCAAAACGUACUAAAAGGACAAUGACUUAAAGGUUAAUGACACAGCACACAACAAAGCGUAAAAGAAUCAUUUUUUAUGGACGGAAUUCGUUGAGCGCUCUGUCGAAUUGCUAGGCCACAGUGACACCACCAACGUACCACAGCAGUAAGAUAUUACCCCAUAAAUCCCCACUCACUGUGUUACGUGUAACUUUGAGGUGUUUCCAAGUGAUGGAUAGAUGUGACUGAGAAUGUUACUUUCUACAGGGUACUCGUAGUGUGAUUCUGGUGUCAACGAUACUAUUGAUAGGUAACAGGCAAAUUUGUAAGGUGGGGGGGGGGGGUGUCAUGAUCAUUAACUGUUGCUUGGGAUGCCUUUCCCAUAAUUUACCUGCAAUGUAGAAGUCAACGUAGAACUGUAAAAGUUCCAAAUUGAAUGUAGAUAAAAUCUUGAUGUUAAAAUCAUCAUUACCAUGUUUCUA